CAUAACUUAGAGCUUGUUUACGUUGCAAUGUACAUUCGCUUUCAGUUACGCCCAUUUUCAUGCUGAAUGUUUAUUGUAUUUGUAUUAUUUAGAAAUAGAUUAUCUUAUUUCCAUUUUUGUUAAUUUUUAUUAAUGGGUAAUUUGCAAUGUCUAAAAUAAGUGAGAAAGAAUUUGAUAUGCAAUGUCGAUUGUGCACAUCAACGGAAGAAGGUCACAUACCAAUUUUUGGUCCUGAGGGCGAAUGCCGAAAUUUGGCCGGUAAAAUUAAAGAAUGUCUUCCAGUCUCAUUAGAGAGGGAAGAUGCCUUGCCAAAAAGUGUGUGCAAAACCUGUGCACACAAGCUGGAUGAUUAUUACAGCUUCCGAGAAGCUUGUGUCCGAGCAGAAGUAGCCUUAGAGUCCAGCCUCAAGGAACAACAACCUUCAGCAUUCCCAUUAGAACCAGAGUGCUGCCUGCAAGAAGUGGAGCCUGGGAACAGCUCUGUUAGACCAUCCAGUCAGUCCAAUUCUGGCAGAGUUCCUGUUAAUUCCAGGACAUUGGACAGUGUUUACAGUGCACCGCAUUUACAGAUGAGUGGUGGUGGCCUUGAUAUCUUUCCUAGACCAAAUUCACCCACAAUGAAAAAGUUGAUGCAGCGUCAAGGCCUUGGUGAUCUGGUAAUCACACCUGUCAUUCCUCAGACACCCAACAACCUGGUGUUACCUGCCGCUGACAAUAAACCUAAGACAGAAGUCACAUCCUGUUGGUCCCGUGUGGGUCACCCAACUUUGGAGGACUAUGUCUUAAUGAAGGAAGAUACAUUUACAGUAGACAGUAGCUGCUUCGACAACAACAACAGAGCACCAUCAAGAUUAAUAGCGAGUGGCCAGAUUGAAUUCCAUGCCAAUCACAGUGCUACAGUUCCAGCAGAACAGGACAAGGACAUUUUGUUGGCACAACGACGGAAGCGUGAGAUAUUGCCACCAAUGUGGGAUGUAUAUGAGAAAGUGGUAUUUUCACCAGGAAAAGAAAAUUCAGACUCCUCGAAUCAGAAUGGUAACAGUAAGAUCAUGUACACUGUUACUCACAGGCGGUACAUCAUAUCGAAAGGUGCCUUCCCAUGCUCUCUGUGCAAGAGGUGUUUCAGGAUUAAUCAGGGUUUUGAGCGAGAAGGUUCAGAAUCGAGGGAUCUGUUUGAAGAUGAUAACUCAGCAGAUAUCUCAAACAGUAAAUCGUCUGAUUAUGAUGACCACAGUGCUGGCACUACCAACAGUUCCAACUUGAAUAUGAAGUUUUUCAGCUGUCACAUUUGCUGUAAAGUAUUUCCAAGGCGUAGUUCACUGAAACGCCAUCAGCGUACUCAUAUGGACAGAAAAUUGUUUUCAUGUCCUUUGUGUCAGAAGGGCUUCAACCGGAAAGAGCAUCUAUCUCGCCACAUGAUUUCACAUUCUGGAGGAAGACCUUACAAUUGUGACAUCUGUUACAAACCAUUUACACGAAAAGAACAUCUGUCGCGACAUCGACUUUGCCACUUAAAUGCCUUACGUUAUUCCCUUGGUGACAGUACUAGGACCCCAGAUCCCUCCAUCCAGAACAGCAGUGGUGAGACUCCUUCAGUAGAACUUUCUGGUAAUCCUAGCACCCCUUCAAAUUCCACCAUUGUGCAGGAAGAUGACUCCUCCUCCAGUAUGGUCAGGCCCUUUGUUUGUGAUUUGUGUGGGCAGGGUUUCGCCAGGAAGGAACAUCUUUUGCGGCAUCAGCUCCGAACCCAUCGUACAACCCCAGAAAUUCAAGAUGAGCUUAAACCCUAUAACUGCAAUGUAUGCUCCAAAAACUUUACUCGUAAAGAACAUCUUGUUCGUCACCAAAAGAUACAUAUGAGGGAAUUUUUGUUUGGGUCUGCCAGAGGAGUGAUUCCUGGUACAGAUGUGUCCGUAUCACCAGUAUUAACUAACCGUGCCACAUCUAGUGGAGGUACAGUAAUGAAAACAGAACCACUUGAGGGACUGAUUCCACAUUCAAACCUACCAGGACUCAGUAUAUCUACUGUCCCCAUUAAAGUUGAUCCUUCAUCUUCAUGCGAUGGUACCAAAAUGAAGAGCGAAGAUACAGACGCAAACCAGACAGUAAUGAAUGGUCAGGAUGAUGAUAUGUCUCUGCAGUCUUCCUUGCAGGACAGUGUCGAUCAGACAGGACCUUCAACAUCAGCAGGAGCUGAUAUUGGUUGUGGCGAAGUUGUGAACAAACCUCAUCAUUGUCAGUUUUGCUCAGAUAAAACUUUCACUCGGCGUAGUCAUUUAGUGAGGCAUUUUAAGCGAUUCCACUCUGACAAACCAUUGAGUCUUGUACUGUCUAGUAGGCGUAGAGCUUCUGCACAAGAGAAACAGGAAUUUGAAAGAUACUUGCUUAACAAUGGGCAGUAUUGGUGCAUCAUCUGUGGAAAGACAUUUGGACGUCGAUACCAUCUUGUGCGCCACAUGAAACAGCAUGGGCCUAAUGAGAUUGCACAUCCAUUUCAUUGCUCAGCAUGUAACAAUUCUUUCAGCCAACAUGAAUAUUUUCAGACUCAUAAAUGUAAAGGUAGUGAUGAUCUUGCCCCACAAGUGGGGCAGGAAGAGUUAAAUUCAAAAACAGAUGGGGAAGGUAUAUCCGCAGGCACAGAAGAAACCAAGGAUGUAUUAAAAAAGAUGCCAGCAAAACGUGACAAACGGAAAAGAAGCAAGUGUAAUUAUGAAUGUGUAACUUGUGGCAAAGGUUUUUCUAAAAAGAAACUUCUGAACAGACAUGCUGAAUCACAUGUCGACCUGACAGAGGACAACAGUCAACCAUUGUAUUAGUAGAUGCAUAAUUAAGAGUAAAGAAAAUAAGGGAACAAAGGAUGCAGAACUAAGUGAAGUCUGAGAAGAGUCAGGUGUUCCUUAGGUAUUUGUACUGGUAUACAUGUAAUUCCUGAUUCAUUUGUGUAUGUGUCUUCAGCUGUAAUCUUUGAGUUCUAUAGCUUCCUACAUGGUAAAUUUAUAGUCUUUUUGAAGCAUAAUAUUCAACUCUGGGGAUAUAGUCCUGUAUGAGGAACAUUAAUUCUUGCCUUUUGAAUUCUACUUUGCAAUUUGGGUGAAUGUUAUAAUUAACCCAUAAGCUUGCGACAUGGCAAUCCAGUUGCCAUUUCCAGUUAGCUUAUGUAUGGUUGUCAGCUUUGUAGCCAUUAGCAUAAAGUCAUCUUCUGUUACUGUCUCUUUCCUGAACCUUAUUCUGGUAAAUGUAUAUGCAUUGUGAAAGUAGAAUCUCCAACAUUUGGUUCUUAAAGUUAUUUUGACUUUUCCUGUUCUAUGUUCAGAAAAAUCACCAGUGCUUUAACUGCAAGAAAGUUAUAAUUGAAAAAUGGAUUCAAUUAUUUUUACAAUGUAUGGCUUGUUAUUCCAGUAAUAAUUAAAAUGUGUAACAGUGAAUAUGUCAGUUCUUGUGACAAAUGUCAGGAUGUGGUAGUCUAGGUUUAAGUCUCUGGUCUUCCAUGCAAUAGAUCUUGGGUUCAGGACCAAUCAGAUUAUUGUAUUUGUAUUGUAUUUAGAGAGUGUGGGUUUCCCCAUGCACUAAGACCAACUGUU